AUGGAUGAUCAAAAUAAACGGUCUACAUUAGAAACAAAUUACUUAAUGUUUUAUAACGCUUAACGUCCCUUGACGGUCCCCAGGUCUUCCGCUCACUCUCCAACGCAUCGGGCCCACAAGCCUCUGGGGCGACUUGCUUUGUUUCACCAGGGUGCACCUUGGAGCAAGUUUUGCCGGCUUCAACGGCGCUUGUUUGAAUACAAUAUUGGCUCAGCUUUUUCUCUUGACAAUGACAUUCUUUUAGACAAUAUUUCAACAAUUCAGCAUGGCUACUCAGAUUCAUCUGGUGCAGGAGUAGCACUCAAGCAUUCAGCAAUAGCUAUGUUUGUAAAAGCUGUUUUUUAUAAUAACACAAGCGCAAAAAACGGAGGGGUUGCAUCACUGAGCUAUGAAUCUGAGUUUUUAAGCACUUCUUGUGUUUUGAUUGGAAAUAUUGCAGAAAACGCAGGUGGAAUUGCUAAUGCUGAGUUAGAUUCAUUUUUUAUAAUAGAAAAUUCAAAAAUAUAG